UGCUCCGUGUGCCUGGGCUCCAUCUCUGCCCCGGCUGAGUGUGGAGGUGCCCUUGGCCACCAGCUGACUGGGCGUCUGGCAGGAUACGCCAGCCCCGAGCCCCUGGAUUAGCGGGAGAGUGACAGAGGAAAAGCCCUUGAGUCCCAACGGCCACACAGUGUCUGUGCUUAGAGGAGAGACGAUCGUGGCCGCACGCCCUCAGUCCUCCCCCCAUGGGGAGACACUGCUCCCGGGACUCCCACCCAGUGCCUGCCUUCCACCCAGUCUGAAAUCACUGACCUCACCACCCAGCCUGGGCCCCUUGGCCUCCGUUCAAUGAGUGACGUGCUCGCCCGGGCAGGGACGCCAGGCUGCAGCCCGCCCUGGCCCAGCGCUGCGCUGUGCGGGCUCCAGGUCCCGCGGCCCCGCCGCCCCCGCGCCCCCCGCCCGCACGGAUGCCGCUGCCGCCGCCCGCCGCCGCCAAACAUGAGACUCCGGAGCCGCCGCCGCCAGAGCCGCCGCCGCGCCCGCCCCGCGCGCUGGACGGGGAUCCGGGGGACCCCGCGGGCCGCCCCCGGGACGAGACCCCCUAUGCCACCAUCGAGCCCCCGGCCCCCCGCGCCGAGCCCGCGGCCCGCAUGGAGGAAGCCGCCGCCAGCGCCAUCGUGGUGCGCAUCGGGAUCCCCGACCUGCAGCAGACGAAAUGUAUGCGGCUAAAUCCUGAUGUUCCUGUCUGGGUCUCCAAACAGCGCAUUCUCUGUACCUUGAACCACAGUCUGAAGGAUGUUCUGAACUAUGGGCUCUUCCAGCCAGCCUUCAAUGGCAGGGCUGGAAAGUUCCUGGACGAGGAGCGACUGCUGAGGGAAUACCCUCUGAAUCCAGACACUCCUGUCCCCUACCUGGAGUUUCGGUACAAGAGGCGUGUGUACACCCAGAGUCUGCUGGAUGACAAGCAGUUUGCCAAGCUCCACACAAAGGCAAAUCUGAAGAAGUUCAUGGAGUACGUGCAAAUGCUAAAUGUGGAGAAGGUCUGCAGACUGCUGGAGAAGGGACUGGACCCCAACUUCCAUGAUCCGGACACUGGAGAAUGCCCUCUGACAAUGGCAGCCCAGCUGGAGCACAGUGCUGAGGUGAUCAAAGCGCUGAAGAAUGGAGGAGCCCAUCUGGAUUUCAGGACUCGGGAGGGAAUGACAGCUCUUCAUAAGGCCAUCCGGUGCCGGAACCACAUUGCCCUGAUGACACUCUUAGACCUGGGUGCCUCCCCGGAUUACAAGGACAGCCGAGGAUUAACUCCUUUGUACCACAGUGCCAUGGUUGGAGGGGACCCAUACUGCUGCGAGCUUCUGCUUCAUGACUAUGCCAAGGUGGGCUGUGUAGAUGAGAAUGGCUGGCAAGAAAUCCACCAGGCGUGUCGCUAUGGCCAUGUGCAGCACCUGGAGCAUCUUCUCUUCUAUGGAGCUGACAUGACUUCACAGAAUGCCUCAGGAAACACGGCGCUCCAUAUCUGCGCUCUAUAUAAUCAGGAGAGUUGUGCCCGGGUCCUCCUGUUCCGUGGUGCAAGCAAAGAGAUUCGGAACUACAACAGCCAGACAGCUUUCCAGGUGGCCAUCAUUGCAGGAAAUUUUGAACUGGCUGAAAUCAUCAAAACCCACAAAGAGUCUGACGUUGUGCCUUUUAGAGAAACUCCCAGCUAUACAAAGAGGAGACGGAUCACUGGCGCAGGCGGCCUCUCCUCCCCCCGCAUGCUGCAGCGUUCUGCCAGCGACAACAAUUUGAAAGCCGAGAGCCACCCGUCCUACUCACCAGUGCCCUCGCUCCGCAGCCUGCCCCCACAGCUGCUGGCACAGAUGCAGGAAGCUGCUGUUGGGGCAGGGGUGGGGGACAGUAGCCUGGCGAGCACGGGCAGCUCCCGGAGCACUCACAGCCGCUCCCCAUCUCUGCAGCGCGUGCAGGAAGAGAAGGAGGCCGACAUGCACACACUCAGGAGAAGCAGCCGAGGCAAGGCCAGCCCCAGCGGCGGCCAGGGCGCCCCCCCGGGGCCGGGGCCGGGACCGGGGCCGGGGCCCGAGCCCGCCCGCCACGCCGCGCCCGCCGCCCUCCGCGGGCCCAAGCGCAAGCUGUACAGCGCCGUGCCCGGCCGCAGGUUCAUCGUGGUCAAGAGCUACACGCCGCAGGGCGAGGGUGAGAUCCAGCUGAACCGGGGCGAAGCCAUCAAGGUGCUCAGUAUUGGUGAGGGUGGCUUCUGGGAAGGAACUGUGAAAGGACGGACUGGUUGGUUCCCGGCAGAAUGCGUUGAGGAAGUGCAGAUGCGACAGUAUGACCCACGGCAAGAAACGAGAGAAGACAGGACAAAGCGUCUCUUCCGACAUUACACUGUGGGUUCAUAUGACAACUUCACCUCCCACAGUGACUACAUCAUCGAGGAGAAGACGGCCGUGCUGCAGAAGAGGGAGCAUGAGGGAUUCGGGUUUGUGUUGCGAGGGGCCAAAGCGGAGACUCCAAUUGAGGAGUUCACCCCGACUCCAGCCUUCCCAGCGCUCCAGUACCUGGAGUCAGUGGAUGUGGAAGGUGUGGCCUGGAAAGCAGGACUUCGCACGGGAGACUUUCUGAUUGAGGUGAAUGGUGUGAAUGUGGUAAAGGUAGGGCACAAGCAAGUGGUGUCGCUGAUCCGGCAGGGGGGAAACCACCUGGUGAUGAAGGUUGUCUCCGUCAGCCGCAAGCCAGAAUCAGAAGAAGUCGUCCGGAAGAAGGCCCCACCGCCUCCCAAGAGAGCCCCCAGCACCACCCUGACGCUGCGCUCCAAGUCCAUGACAGCCGAGCUGGAGGAACUAGCCUCGAUGCGGAGGAGAAAAGGGGAGAAACUGGAUGAGAUCUUGGCAGCAGCUGAACCCUCGCUGAGAGCAGACAUCGUCGAAGCAGAUUCCAGGGCAGCCACUGUGAAGCAACGACCCACGAGCCGGCGCAUCACGCCAGCGGAGAUCAGUUCACUCUUCGAACGCCAGGGAAUGGCAGCUCACUCGGGAGCUCUCCCGGGGGCCGAGAAACCCCACGUGUCCCUACGCAAAGGAAUUCCCCGGACAAAAUCUGUAGGUGAAGAUGAAAAACUUGCUGCUUCUUUGAUGGAUGGGAAAUUUCCUCGGAGCACGUCAAUGCAAGACACCGUCAGGGAAGGGCACGGAAUCCCACCCCCACCUCAGACGGCUCCACCCCCUCCUCCGUCUCCAUAUUACUUUGACACAGGCCCUCCCCCAUCCUUCUCCCCACCUCCACCUCCGGGAAGGGUUUAUGAUACCAUAAGAUCGAGCUUUAAGCCAAGCCUGGAGGCCAAACUCCAUGGCCUCCCCCAGGUUAUCAGUGCAGCUGAGAUGUAUGACCAGGCAAGGACUUCUAUCCCGUAUCCUGAAAGGCAAAAGAGAGCCCGAUCCAUGAUAAUCCUGCAGGAUUCCUCUCAUCUUCCUGUAGAGCCAACAGAGAUCCCCCGGCCUGGCCCUUCCGCCACGCCCCCGGAGAAGCUGAAAAGGAAAGGGCGAGUGAUUGAUAACCCUUACGCCAACAUGGGCCAGUUCAACGUUAGCCUGUUUGCUCCCACCAAGCCCCAGAGGAAGAAGAGCCCUUUAGUGAAGCAGCUGCAAGUAGAGGACGCUCAGGAAAGAGCAGCUUUAUCCAUCGCAGGAGGCUUUACGCGGGAGCCCUCUCCCACGCGCCGGAGCCAUCGCAUGAGUGGCAUAGAGUAUCAGCACCACGCUGGCAUCGCUCAGGUCGACCCCUCGAGCAUCCCCUUUGCCACUGCCAUCGCUGGAGUCAUGAAGGACAGAGAGCGUCGUCUUGAUGAGAGGCGGAAAUCCACUGUCUUCCUCUCGGUUGGGGCCAUUGAAGGGAGCCCCCCCAGCAUUGACAUGCCAUCCCUGCAGCAGUCCAGGUCUAUUGAUGAGCGGUUGCUAGGAAGCCGAGAUGUGCUGCUGCCUUCACCUGUCUCAGCUUUAAAGCCAUUAAUUAGCAGCUCAUCCUCAACAUUCAUCCACCCCCUAACAGGAAAGCCCCUAGAUCCAAACUCACCACUGGCGCUUGCACUGGCCGCAAGGGAGCGGGCCCUGUCUACUCAAGUCCCAUCCAGGUCGCCCACCCCAAUCCACAGCCCAGAUUCAGACCGAGCAGCACCCCUGUUUGUGGAUGUCCAAACCAAAGAACCAGAAAGGGGGGAGCUAGAGGGCCUAGUGUCACCUGCAUAUUCGCCUGGAGCCAAAGGGGCAGUAGGAGCAGUUCCUGGGACUUUGGCCCCUACGAAAAGCCACUGGGGGACUCCAACAACACUGAGAAAAGAGACUGAGACAAGAGCAGAAACACCUGUGAAAGAAGAGAAAAAACACGAAGACAAGAAAUCUAUGAUCAUUAGUAUUAUGGACACAUCACAGCAGAAGACAGCCGGCCUCAUCAUGGUCCAUGCAACAAGUAAUGGCCAAGAGGAGAUAGGACUUGAGAUGAAAGAGGAGAAACCCGAUGUUCCUGAAGCAAGUGUGGAGCCGGCAGAGCUGCCCAAAGCGGAGACUGAGCCCAGCCCUGUGGGAAAGUCUCCGGUUAGCCCAGCAUCUGACAAGACACUUGGUCAAGGAAGUUCAGAGGAGGAAGUGGAGCCCUACACAGUUACCCUCCCACCAGCUCAGCUGUCUUCAAGUGAUGAAGAGACCAGGGAGGAACUGGCCAAGAUUGGGCUGGUGCCUCCACCAGAUGAGUUUGCAAAUGGGGUACUAGUCACCACCCCUGGCACACCAAUCAGCCAACUGGCUAAGCCUAGCACGCCAUCCAUACCAGCGGCAGCAGUAGCACCUUCUACCACUGGUGGAACACCCUCAGGGAAGCCCUCUGAUGCCCCCGUAGCCCCAGAGUCUGCUGCAGACUCAGGAGUAGAAGAGGUGGACACCAGAAGUUCAAGUGACCAUCACCUGGAGACCACAAGCACCAUCUCUACAGUCUCCAGUAUGUCUACAUUGUCCUCUGAAAGCGGGGAGCCUACUGACACAUACACUUCCUUUGCGGAUGGACAAACUUUUAUACUCGAGAAGCCACCAGUGCCUCCAAAGCCAAAACUCAAGUCCCAGCUCAGCAAGGGGCCAGUUACUUUCAGGGACCCACUUUUGAAGCAGUCUUCGGACAGUGAGCUCAUCUCCCAGCAACAUGCGGCUACUCUGGCUUCAGCCAGUGUUGGUCGGCCACGCUACCUCUUUCAGAGAAGAUCCAAGCUAUGGGGGGACCCCAUGGAGAGCAGGCCAGUCCAUGGGGCUGAGGAUGACAAACCAACUGUGAUCAGUGAGCUAAGUUCCCGGUUACAACAGCUGAAUAAGGAUACACGAUCACUGGGGGAGGAACCUACCGGGCCCCCUUUAGAUCCUGGGAAGAAGUCACCUGUGAUCGCAGCACGACUUUUCAGUAGUUUAGGAGAACUCAGCACCAUUUCCCAGCGGAGCUCCGGAACCACCUACACAGUUCGACCUGGCAGCCGCUACCCUGUAACCCGACGUACUCCCAGUCCAGUGAAACCUGCCCUGGAUAGGACAGACCCUCUCAGCACCGUGCGGUCCUAUGGAUUGACACCUCCCACCAUCCUCAAAUCUUCCAGCCUCUCCAUCCCGCAUGAGCCCAAGGAGGUGCGCUUUGUGGUGCGGAGCGUGAGUGCCCGGAGCCGCUCCCCAUCCCCCUCGCCCUCUCCCGGGCCCCCCCUGCAUACUCUGCACCCACCGCGGCCCUUCAUGCAGAAACCCCUCCACCUGUGGAACAAAUACGAUGUAGGGGACUGGCUGGAAAGCAUCAAUUUGGUGGAGCAUCGAGACAAGUUUGAGGACAAUGAGAUUGAGGGCACACACUUACCUGCCCUCACCAAGGAGGACUUUGUGGAGUUGGGGGUGACACGUGUGGGGCACCGCAUGAACAUUGAGCGAGCACUCAAACAGCUGGUAGACAGUUGACCAUCCUAGGCAGCGCUGGCCUCUUCCAGAGCCAACUUAUGGGGGGAGGGGGGCAUUUCUACUAGACGAAUAAAACCAAUUUGAUUCUCUUUCUAUUCUGACCACUGCACUGAAGGGCGAAGAGCUGAGGAGCGCCCACUCACUCCAUACACCCAGAGCCCCAGGUGUGCACAAACACACACAGACACACGCACAUGCACACACACAAACACAUGCUCAGCCCCCACUCAACCCUGCACCAGCCAACACCGCCUUUGGGAAAAGGAAUGUUGCAUGAAAUACACCCUCUUUUCUGUACUCCUAAAGAGUCAGGCCUGUAUAUCGCUUGAUGUGCCUUUCCCCAGGGGCGCUGCUGGUGGCAGGAGGGCAGGGGGCCAUGCCCUCGUUGGCCCAUGCUCCCCAGUCUGUGGUAGAACUUUGUUCCCCUGCGUGGAGCCAGCUGUGGAAUGUAUUCUGAUCAAAGGGCUGUGGAGGGGAGGGGGAGUGGUCGGUGUUACUGGUGCAAAUUAGCUCAGUGUAGGGUGAUGGGGCUGUCAGCUGUGUUGCGAUGGUCGUCUUGUGACCCAGGAACUGAACUGAUCUGUAUGUGAUACCAGGUGGGCGCUUGUUUGAAUGUCGGUUGAGUCCCCCGUUUCCUGAGUCACAGCAACCAGAGGCCUAGGCUACAUCCUGCCAAGCUGCCGCUCACCAGUCCCGCGGGCGUGGCUACCUGUCUGGGAGGCAGGUCAGGGGUCCUCUGUGAUCAGUGGGGCAGGUGGCUGGAGGCGCCCGGAGGAGCUGCUGAAUAGCAUGGGAGUCUUGGAGGGGCCAAGUGGAGAGUGGAGUGCUGGCACUCACACGGCCCCUGACGCCAGCUCAGAGACUGGUGAGGGCAGGCAGGCACCGAGGUGCAGGUCCCUAGGCCCAGCAGUGCAGUGGGAGCGGCGUCAGGGGUUCUGGGAGCAGGCAACCUGUUUCCCAAAGGCUGUGAGCAAAGCCUGCGCUGGCAUGCGGGCGCCAUUGGUGGGCUCCAGCUCAGACAGGUCCUAGUGGCUGCUACAGCAAGAAGGGCCAUUCUGAUUCAAUGGCCAAGAUGCAUGGCUGGGAAACCCCAUUCACCCUAGGCUCCUUCAGCAGCGUCCGCCCCAAAGCGGAGCAAGCCUGUUGCCAUGCAAACAAGAAAACGGGGAUGGCCUUGCCGAGAAAGCCAAGCCUUUGGACUCUGUGUUCCUUUGCCCUAUUGCCCUGGGCUGCCCUGGUGAGAGAGGAAGUGAAGCCGCAUGGAUAGAAGCAUGUUUGGGGGAUGUCCGAGGGAGGCUGGGGGGGAAUCAAGCAGAAAGUGCUUUGCCAAUGUUCAAAGGGGGUGGGGGGUGGGGGGAGUCUUCUUUUGCCUCUUGGUUUGGGGUCUUGUUUCCAAGGGGGACACAUUGAUGGCUAAUCUAUAAUCUCCGUGCAUUUAUGUAGAGCAGCUGAUGAUCAACAAGAGAUGAUGCUAAACUCCAGGAUUCCCAUGCCGUCCUAGUCAUCCUUAUUUUGCAUCUUUUUAAUCAGCUAUAUAUUUGAAAAGAGAAGAGAAAAAAUAUCUAUAUAUCUAUAUCUGUAGCACCUGAGUUUGUUCGCAUUUUACUAAAUCUCUGUAUCUCUAGA